AUGGAACCAGUCCAAGAAGGGGAGGAUACACAAUUUGCUGAGGUGUGCUACAUGAGCAAUGGGCAAGGAGGUUACAACAAAGGAUACUAUAAUUACAAGUCCAACCCUGCCAUGUCAUACCGCAACACUGAUGUUGCUAACCCUCAGGACCAAGUCUAUCCUCAACAACAAGCAGCUCGAUCGAGUCAAGCCACAACAUGGGUAUGGUCAAAAGAACAAUUACCAAGGACCCAAGGCACUUUCCCUGGACAACAAAUGAAUAUCCCACCAGGCUUUCCCCACCAACCACCCCAGCCUGCACCUUCACAAGAGAAUGAGCUCAAGGCAAUGCUAAACAACUACUUCAAGGGCAAGCUGAUGGGGGUUUACUCUCUGGAGAAUCAUGCUUCUUCUGUUGCUGCUGCUACAAAGCAAGGACAACUACCUGGUAAAGCUAUUCAGAACCCCAAGGAACAGUGCAAGGUCAUCUUCACUCAAGAAGGACUUGUUGAAGAAGAGGAUCAAGAAAGGGUCAUUGAAGAUUUUUGUUUACUGCUGAAUGAUGAAGAGAUUGUUGCUGCUGAGGCUCCUGGAGUCCAGAUUGAUCAACCAGAAGUGCAGGCACCUACUGUGGCCAUUCACACUUCACCAGUUGAGCUCGCACAACAAGCUCGAUCGGCAGCUCGAUCGAGUCGAACUCUAGCUCGAUCGAGUCCGACCUCUUCUGUCCAAAGCCGUUUUGCUUGA